AUGUCGGCGUGGAUCUUCAUGAUAGUGGCAUUCAGCUGCGUCAUUCCAUCAGGUUCAAGGUCAAAAGAUGACCUGUGUGAAGCAAAAGUGCAGGGGACAAAAACCUACGCAUUUGUCGGCAGACCACAGUUCAACAGCCCCAUCUACCGGGAUGGAGGCGCUUUGCAGCCUAAGCCUGAUCUCGAGACUACGGCGAUGGAUAAAAACGGAUUAUCUGAAUUGGAAACGACCACCACCACGACCAAGACUGAUCUCCAGACUACGGCAAUGGUGAAAACAGAACUAGAUGUCUGUCAGAAUCCCUUUGGAAAUGGAGCGUCCUACCGAGGAAAAGUCUCUGUGACCCAAACAGGCAAGACGUGUCAGCGCUGGGACAGUCAGACACCUCAUACACACAACAAGAGACCUGAUUGGUACCCAGUAUCUGGACUGGAGCAGAACUUCUGCCGGAAUCCUGACGGUAAACCCGCAGUUUGGUGUCACACCACGGAUCCCGGCACGACAUGGGAGUACUGUGACGUAACAAUCUGUGGCAUCCUACUUGUGGGAGGAAGUUCGCCAAGCGAGGGCAGGGUUGAAGUGUACUAUGACGGACAGUGGGGGACCGUCUGUGACGACGAGUUUGACAUAAACGACGCCCACGUGAUCUGCCGUCAGCUCGGAUACGGAGGCGCUGCCGAGGUCAAAUCUGCAGCAGACUUCGGGACGGGGUCAGGCCAGAUCUGGCUGGACAACUUGGCCUGCGGGGGUUCCGAGUCAAGCAUCGAAUACUGCAGACACAACGGAUGGGGCUCACAUAACUGUGGGCACGGUGAGGACGCUGGCGUGGUCUGCUCGGACGGCGUCCGAUCGCGACUUGUGGGAGGCAAUUCGUCCAACGAGGGCAGGGUUGAAGUGUACUAUGACGGACAGUGGGGGACCGUCUGUGACGACGAUUUUGACAUCAACGACGCCCGCGUGGUCUGCCGUCAGCAAGGAUACGUAAUUGCUGCCGAGGCCCGAUCUGAAGCAGCCUUCGGGGCAGGGUCAGGUCAGAUCUGGCUGGAAAACUUGGCCUGCGGGGGUUCCGAGACAAGCAUCGAAUACUGCAGGCACAACGGAUGGGGCAUACAUAACUGUCAGCACAGUGAGGACGCUGGCGUGGUCUGCUCGGACGGCAUCCGACUCGUGGGUGGAAGUUCGUCCAGGGAGGGCAGGGUGGAAGUGUAUCAUAGUGGACGGUGGGGGACCGUCUGUGACGACAAUUUUGACAUGAACGAUGCACACGUGGUCUGCCGUCAGCUGGGAUACCGAGCUGUCGAGGCCCGAUUGGGAGCAGCCUUCGGGCGGGGGUCAGGUCAGAUCUGGCUGGACGACAUGAGUUGCGGGGGUUUCGAGACAAACAUCGAACAAUGCAGCCACAACGGAUGGGGCUUACGUAACUGUGGGCACAUUGAGGACGCUGGAGUGGUCUGCGCGGACGCCAUACGACUCGUGGGUGGAAGUUUGUCCAGGGAGGGUAGGGUUGAAGUGUACCAUGACGGACAGUGGGGGGCCGUCUGUGACGAUGCUUUUGACAUAAGCGACGCCCACGUGGUCUGCCGUCAGCUGGGAUACACAGGCGCUGCCGAGGCCCGAACUGAAGCAGCUUUCGGGAUGGGUUCAGGUCAGAUCUGGCUGGACAACUUGGCCUGCGGGGGUUCCGAGACAAACAUCGAACACUGCAGCCACAACGGAUGGGGCUCACAUAACUGUGUCCACAGUGAGGACGCUGGCGUGGUCUGCUCGAACGCAAUCCGACUAGUAGGUGGAAGUUCUUCCAGGGAAGGCAGGGUUGAAGUGCACUAUGACGGACAGUGGGGGACCGUCUGUGACGACGACUUUGACAUGAACGACGCCAACGUGAUCUGUCGUCAGCUGGGAUACGGAAGCGCUGCCGAGGCCCGAUCUCAAGCAGCCUUCGGGGCGGGGUCAGGUCAGAUCUGGCUGAACAACUUGGCCUGCGUGGGUUCCGAGACAAGCAUCGGUGACUGCAGCCACAACGGAUGGGGCUCACAUAACUGUGGGCACGGUGAGGACGCCGGCGUGGUUUGCAAGGUGCCUGGCGAAGGAUGACGAUAGCGGCAGGCCGGAUUACCCCCCGAAUGUUUAUCGGUUUGCCACCUACAAUCCGCUGUAAAAGAACACACAGCCACAGCUGGGCAAGUUCAAUUACAUUAGCGAGACCCAGGAGACCAUGUUCUACACGUUAUCCCGAUCAUGAAGGGUGGACCCAGAAAAGCAUUGACUGAGGGGCAACUGUGCCGCCUUCUUCAAUCAAAUCUGGUA